AUGAAAGCUUCUACACAUGGCAAGAAUCAAAUAUCAGAUGACAAGAUAGGUUUAAUUGACAAUGUACAAACGCCAGUGGCCAUCCCACAAUAUUUUACCGAUGAAAAAAGACCAUCUUUACUGUUUGGUGAGGAUAAUUCAAUGGUCACUGAUUCAGUGUUACCGAAUGAAAAACGACGAAAGCGACGAAAACGACGACGGACAUUAGAGGUUAAUUGUGAAAAAGAAAAAUUGGAAUCAAUGAAGGAUGAAAAAGUUGAAAAAACAACAGGCGGUCGAACAAUAUGGCGGAAUAUAAUUUGGCUUAUUAUACUUUUUGCAUAUUCCUUCAUUGGUGGAAUUGUUUUUAGCGCUAUUGAAGGUAGCAACGAUAAAAAUGAAAUUUUACUAAAAUACAGGCGUGAUAUGGAUCUUUAUGAAAAGCAUAAAAUGUAUCAAAUAAAAAUUUUCAAGAAAUUAUGGGAAAUUGACAGAGAUCAAUUACAUAAGCAAAAUAAAAGUAUUAGCAUAUCAGAGGCAGAAAAUCACAAGAUCAAACUUGCAAGUGAUGCAUUCCGUUGGUAUGAAAAUGAAUUAGGAAUUGAAAUCAAAGAACCGGUAAUGACGGAUACAAAAUGGAAUAUUUGGGGUGGUGUUUAUUACUCUGCUAGUUUAUAUACUACUAUUGGUUAUGGAAAUUUUUUUCCUGUGACACCUGCUGGUCGAAUAAUAUCGAUGAUUUAUGCAUUUUGUGGUAUACCAUUAGUUUUUACAAUUCUUUUGGAAUGGGGUUUCUUGUACUAUACCUGGUUGGAUAUGUUUUGGAAAUGGUUCAAUGUAAAAUUAUGUUCAAGUGCAAUGAAGAAACAUCAUAAAAAACGUCUUGCAAAAGAAAAAAGCCGUCGUGCUGGAAGUGACUUAUCACUUAGAUUGACAUCACUUGGGCCAUUAACUCAAUUAUCACAUAAACAUGAUGAUCUUCACCAAACUGAUCAUCAGAUAGAAAGUGGUAAAAAAAUAUCACAGCUACCAAUUGAACUUAGCGAAGUCGAGAAACAGCGCACUGUACCGCUUAAGGCUGCAUUCAUAUUUUUCUUCUUGUGGAUUUUAAUUAGCGCCUUUGUUGUACGCCUCUGGGAAACUAAUUGGACUUAUUUUACCGCUUAUUAUUAUUUCUUCACAUCACUUACUACAAUUGGACUUGGUGAUGUCGUUACAGAAACACCAAAUUACAUUAUUUUUAAUUUGGCUCUUACAAUGAUAGGUCUUUCCGUGGUUGGCUUAUGUGUUUCCAUUGUACAGGCAAAAAUUCGUCUAAUCUUUGAUCGAAUGAUUCGUUCAAUCGAUAGCCAAUAUCGAAUAAGACAGAUCGACCCGGAUGUCGCAACGAUGACUGUUAUACCGGAUGAGAAGGAAGGCGUUAAACGGCUUUGUGAAGCACAACCAAUACAAGACCGUCUUAUUUACAUAGCGAUGGAUGAGCAUAAAAAGCAACUUCUUGAAGACAGAUGGCGACAAAGAAGCUCUAUGGUAAACAGGAUAACCCAAACCAGGCCAAAUCGUGCAGAUAAAUGCAUUCAGACGGGUCAAAGAGUUGAUGAACAACCACCAGUACGAUUGGAAAGAUAUGAUGAUUGCAAAAGUGGAAGUAGUACAUUAUCGGAUGAGGAUGUAACUGAUUAUGACCCUAUCACUGGAAGACGACUUGUAGCACCGAGCGCACGCCGAUAUAUAUAUACGGUUUUUGACUGA